AUGAAAUACGCAGCAAUUUUAUUCUUAACAGUAAUUAGCCUACUUUAUACAUUUUAAAAUACAAAAAAUUAGCAUAGAAUACUAAGUGAAUACCAGCCAACUAUUUUUGAUUGGCAGUAUUGCAUAGAAAGGAUAAUGUUAAAGACAUGUGAUUAAGAUGAUCCAUAAGAUCGUUAAUAUUGCUACUCUGCUGCUAGUAAAACAAGCUAGUGUUAUAGCGAAACUUCACAAUAAGCUUCUACUUCAUGUGUGCAUUGGUGGAUUUAUUUUGAGUCUUCUCAAGGUAAAGACACCCUUCCUGAUAGUUUUUACUAAUGUGCUGAAGAUUGCACACAAUACGCAAAAGAAAACAGCUUCUAUUUUUCUUAGACUUUUUAACCAAUGUGGAUAACAUGCUCUCAGUAAUAAAGAAAAGAGAAUUGA